AUGGAGGGCGAUCCAGAGGAGUCAGAUGAGGAUGUUCAGGGGGAGGACCAGCCCACUGUGCUGUGGGAAAAGUGCUUUGAGCAGAGCAUCUUUGUGGACCUCAGUGAGGAUGAAAGUCUGCACUUCAGUGAUCUGGAGAGUUCUUUAGCUUUACAUCUGUCCCAAGCAGAGUCUGCUGCCUCUGAAGCCAGCAUCCAUCUCAGUGGUAAUGCAGAGUUGUCACCCUUAAAUGACACCUCCUCAGAGAGCAGCAGCGUCAGCAGUCAGAGUGUGAGGGUGGAAAAAAGCAAAACCAAGAGCAGCAAGCUGCAUGUGUCUGCCCAAAGACCAAACACCAUGCGAGACCAGGGGUACGAGGAUCCAGGACAAAAUACCAGCGAUGAGGAUCAGGAGGAUCUGCCUUAUGAUGGCGAGCUUGGAAGCCCCUACUUCAACCAGACAGGAAGCUCUGAGGGAAAUAUGAGCUCUGAUGGAAGAUGCACUGUUCAUGCAAGUCCUGAUCUACUUGAGUUGUUGCCAGAGGAUGCCAACACUAAACAAGACAACUUUUUAGAAGCUGCCAAGCCAAGUGAGGUUGCUCCACCGUGCCCUAUUCCUGCAGACAUUAACCAGCUGUUGCUGCGACACUUCUCCCAGGAGGAGCUGCUGCGAUCAGGGAGACUGAUCGAGGCAGAGACCCUGCCGGAGGUGUCCCUGCUGGAGAGUGUGGACGACACGCUCUUCAGCUUGGCUCCAACACACAACAGUGCCGUUAUUCAUAGUAACCCCACAGACAGCUGUGAUGAAAAGAGUAAAACUGCUUCAAAAAAUGCAAGUUUAAAGAAGGAGACAGAAAGGGAAAUUGAUAAUUUUACAUCUGCUGCUGCUGACAAAGAUAAAUCCAGCUCUGCCAGUACAGAUUCAAACCAGUGCAGUGGGGAUAUCAGUGCAGGUGGAGUGAAGCAGCAAGAGGCAGAAGAGGACGAUGAGGUGCAGCGAGUCCCUCUGCUGCGCACCAGAUCCUUCAGCGAGAUGAAGUAUGGCCAAGGUCAGGUUCAUUACCCCCCACCUGACUUCUCAAAGGUUGCCCCAAAAGUAAAAAUCCCAAAAGCUCCAAGUGGACCAGCCAGAUCUGCUCCUCAGUGUCCAAGCACCAUGCACAGAGCCCAGUCUUCCCCAGGGAUGCUAGAUGUGAUCAGCAGGGUUCUGGAGGAUUCAGUCCAGCCGUCAGAGAGGCCAUAUGUUUUUAAAGAGGAUGAUAAACAGACUUCUCCGGCACUGGUGCAUCACCUGCAGGCUGAAUAUGAUAAACUACUCACCAAGUAUGCAGAGGCAGAGAACCUCAUAGACCAAAUGAGGCUGGGAACCAAUACUCAGCCCUCCUCAGAACUGAUGCUUGAUUUAGAGCAUGAUGAUGAUGAUGAUGAUGAUAAUGACGGGGAUGAAGCUGAUCAGGGCGAGUUAAUGGAGGGGAGCCAUCUAGGAUACCCAGCGCCUCACCUUUCACCAUCAGAAAACCUAAGUAAAAAAGGAGAAACAGGUCUCGACAGCACCAUUAAUAAGGAGGCCACCACAGCUUCCUCAAGCCAGCAUCAAGAUGAUCCCAGUGACGGCGAGAAAAUGACCGCUGAGCUAAGAGACAUCAUCAGCCAGUUCAUGCAGAAGGUGGAAGAGUUCAAAUUCAGUGUAGGCACUAUGGCUGUAAGCACAGGAGAACAGCAAAUGAUGCUGAGGAGCAUGAUGGAGGCUCAGGACCAGCUGGAAAGGAGAUACAUGAGCAAGAAGGACGAGCACCGAGCUCUGGAGAUGCAGAACUACAUGGGCCUGUCCAGGAACACUGGCACCUUUGACCCAAACAGACUAGUGGAGGGAGAUAUAUUCAGGAUAGGAAUGCACCUCGAAGACAUAAAGGAGAUGAUAGACAAAAACGUGCGUGAGCAAAUUUCUCCACCUCACUCAUCCUCCACUCCCACGCCUGUAACAACGUCACAGCACGUAAAGUCCAGUCCUGUCUGCAUGAACACGUUUUCAUCUCCACCAUCUCUGCAUGAGGGGCCAAGUGCAGGUUUUUCCACUGCGAGCGAUAAGAUGGAGACGUCUCAGAGAGACGAAGAAAAAGAAGAGGGGGACAGCGAGGUCCAUGUAAAUGCUAGACGAGACCAAAGCAGUGAACUCAUGACUGAUGACCCCAUAAAGAAAAAUGCUGGACCCAAAAACAACCAUUCACGGGUCCCACUGGACUCUCUGGAGGGACCGAGCAUCCACGCAGCUGAGGACGAGGAGGGCGCCGAUGAAGAAGAGGAGAGGAGCUCUGUUUUGUCAGAGGUGAUCGAUCACAGUGACGUCUUAGCAUGCCUGGGCGGAACCAGUUCAUCCUUAAGAGAGAGGCAGCAGGCAGCUGACGGGUCAGUCACCCUGGAUAGUGUCCUGAACCCAAAGGGUGAAUGUGAUCAGGGUGAUAGUGUGAGUCUGCUAGUGGAGGUCUCCUCCUCUUCUGAAGCACCCAAAGACUCGGACAGCCUCUCAGAGCCUCCUCUUAACACCUCAUGUGCGUCACAGAGGAUUGUGAGUCCAGAGACAGACAGCGGAUUUGGAAGCUCUUACUUGAAUCAAUCGGCCUCUGGAUCAUUUCAACCAAAUCUCCUCUCACAAAGCAGACAGUCCCAGAAUGAAGGUUUAAAUAGCUCAGACAGUGACGGCUCCUGCUCCAACCUGCAGACAGCCAUCCAUUCAGCCGCUCUGCCUGGCUGCCAGUGGGCUGGAACCUACUCUUCUGCCCAAACACAGCACUGUGGAGCAGCAGCUGCAGUGGAGCUGUGGGUGGAGAGCACCACUAAGGACCCUUCAGACAGCCUGCAGGGAUCUGACCAAUACCUGCCUGCCCAGCUUCCUCUAUCUGAAGCUCCACUCAGCACGACCAUGGACACCGAAGACAGAGGCAGCCCUCUGUACUCCUGCUCUUGUAAUAAUGAGGCUAUCCUGGCCUUGCAGUCAGAGGUCUCUAAGCUGAAGAAGGACCUGGAGGUGGGCUUAGUUCAGCUACCACACCUAACACAAAAAAUGGAUUACCUCACCUCAAAAUACAGACAAGAACGUCAGGAGCGCAAGUCUAAAACCAGGAACCACCAAAAACCAGACAGGUGAGUCUGCUCUUCCAUCAGAGGUGUGAGUAACCUCAGCUCCAGUCAGGCGAGGAUAGAGGACUGGAUCUCAUCAGACAUGGACCCCAGCAAGAGCAAAGGUACAGGCAGCGGUAACACAAGCUGCUCCGAAAUAAUGUCGCAGGCGCUCAACUCACCUGCAGGGAGCGGUAGAGGUGGCGGAGCUGAGAUACAAUACAAACUUCAGGAAACGAUGCAGUCCAACAGAGCAGCCAUCAUGAAGAGUUUUCACUCCAAGGACAGGUGGACUCUUUUCUCCACUCCAUCCCUCCAGAAGCCCCUCCUCCAGGUCAGCUACGGUUCCUCCAGCAGCUUGCCGGCCAGCUAUAAAGUGAGGGAGCCACCGCUGCAGUCCCCCCACAGGAAGCGCUCCACCCAGUCAGACACAGCACUCCUGCCCAGCAACGUGUACUUCCAACGGACGCUGUCUCCAGUGUCCAAGACCGGCAGCAGAACAAGCAGACGCAGCAGGAGCAAGGAGGAAGACAUGAGCAGGACUCUGGAUCAGGCUAUUGAAGUGGCCCGCAGCAUGAAGAGGACCACUGAUCGCAUGGCCAGGAGGCUGUCUGCUGACUUGGUCAAAGCUCAGCUGCACAGAAAACUGCACAACAUGCAGCCACUGGGGGGCAGAAAACACCAGGCUUUAUAACACCC